UCUGGACUAUGGUCGCUAGUAUCGAUCGUGGGAACAGUUGAGAACACGUCACACAUAAUGGACGCUAUGGUUUGUAGCUUGGUGAGCACGUAAUAACUAACUGUUUAUCAUCGUGUAUUGCAUCACAAGAAAGAGUCGAGUUAUGGUGUGCAUUUAGUGUAAUUCGAAUUAAUGAAAUCCGUUGAAUGCGCUUGUUGACAUCGGAUGACAGCAUUCUUUGGUGAGGUGCGAAUUGUGUUAGUGAAGAAAUAUAUACGAGUGUCACGUAAGUGUGUACGUACGAGCCCACUGAAAGUUUUGUUAAAAUAAAAAAGUAUAAAAAAACAUCAAGGACUUAUCUUCGAAAAAAAAGAUAACAAAGAUAAGAAAGAAAAUGAACUUUCGUAAUAAUAAUUGAUGAUAAGGAUAUAUAAUCAUUUUGAAUAUCCGUAGUGGGUGCCAGGACAUAGCUAAAGAAAGAAAAAAAUAUCCCAUAAGACAACCCCCGUUUUAACGAUGAACUUUCGUAGGCAUAGCGUUUGCGCUUUCAAAGACUAUAAUAUAUUGAAACUUUUCUGAUAAAACGGGUAUAUCUAUGUGUUAUGAAUUAUGCAAGAAUGUUAAGGACUGUUUAUAUUAUUCGAAAAUAUUUAAAGGUGCCCUCACAACGUCGGUCUUACUCGCUAACAUCCUGUAUGCCUAAAAAGAUAGAACCUGGAUGAAGAAAUCAAUAAAGAACUGAUUUUAAAGACUAUAUAUUAUCAUAUUAAAAGUUAUUCCAUCUUAGAAACUAAAUAAUGGACAAUAUGGACGCAGAUAAUUUAAAUCUCAGUUGCGAAGAAAAUGACAUCGUAGAUGAAUUAAAAAUUGGAGCGGAUGAAACUUAUGAUACUCGCAGUGAGGUAUCGUCAAGCAGCUCCAACUCGGAUUCUAGUCAACCGAGUAUAACUUCCAUUUCAACUAAAUCUUCGCGCGGAGACAACAAACGUAAUCGCAAAAACAAAGGAAAACGUGCUAGAUCAAGAGAAUCUAAAUCAUCCAGUCCUGAAACUAAACGUGCUAGAUCCAAGGAAACCAAGGCCAAAAGUUACGAUUAUGCAACAAAAUUGAAUUACUUAUUUAGAGAUGCAAGAUUUUUCAUCAUCAAAUCUAACAAUGCUGAGAAUGUGACUCUUUCCAAAGCCAAAGGAGUGUGGAGCACAUUACCUCAAAAUGAAGUUAACUUAAAUCAAGCGUAUAGAGAGUCGAGAAAUGUAUUGCUUAUUUUUUCUGUUAAAGAAUCAGGAAAAUUUGCUGGUUUUGCUAGGCUUAGUACUGAAUCUAGAAGAGAUGGAACACCUAUUUCAUGGGUUUUACCACCAGGAUUAUCUGCAAAAGCAUUGGGCGGUGUAUUUAAAGUAGAUUGGGUAUGCAGAAAAGAAUUACCAUUUACAACAACAAUGCAUCUGUAUAAUCCUUGGAAUGACGGUAAGCAAGUUAAAAUUGGUAGAGACGGACAAGAGAUUGAGCCUCGUGUUGCAGAAGAAUUAUGUAGACUAUUUCCUGAAGACGAAGGCAUAGAAAUGACUCCAAUAUUAAGAAAAUCUAAAGAAGCAGCUAAACACAUCAUUAAAUCUACACGCUCUUAUAGAGAUACAAGACCUAUAAAUAAUAAUAACAGCAGAUUUUUACGUUCACGAGGCAGAGGACGUAGACUUUUUCUUACAUCAAGAUCACGGCUAGCUUCUUUAGCUAGAGGGUCACACUUAUCCAGCGGAGAACAUAGAGGUUCAAGGGAUCAUCACCAUCGGUACACUAGUUGGUUUAAUAGAGGAGAUUCACCAUAUACGAAAGGAUACGGUAAUACCAGUCUGGGUGUAGCAGCUGCUGCUGAAGCUUAUGUAGCAGAUUAUAUGCGUACCAUGCAACACCAACUACCUCCAUUGCCGCCUUAUGCAGCACCACAUCCAUACGAUUCUCUACCUCCACCACCUCCACCUCCAAGGUAUUACGAUGGCUUACCAUUACCACCAGAUUAUACCGCAGCUGCUUCCGCUCUUGAAAAACGCAGUUAUGAGAGAAGUGUUGAUGAAUUUCUAUGGAGAACAGCAAGUCGUCAUAAUCGACAUAGUGACCAUCGGUCAUCUCGUGAUCACCAUCAUAGAUACAGAGAUCGUAGAUAAAUCAUUUUUAAUAUUUUAUUAAGUACAUAUAUAUAUAUUAUUUUUUUCAUUUAUAUGCAACCAUUAAUUAUUCUUACUAUAAAUGAGCAAUACUAUAUUGAUUUCAUAAAAAAAAUACUAUUGCAUAAAUAUAAAGACUUAUACAUAAGUCUGCUAUUACUUAAACAUUAUAUAUAAAUAUUCUUUAUUACUUUUAUACUAAUGACCUUAUUUUAAAAUAAAUUUUAUUUUUAUUAUUCGUGAUAACAAGCAAAAAGAAAUAUAUAAGUGAAUGUCAUUUACUUCGUGACAUUUGUCCAACAAAUCUAAUAAUCUAUGUUGUUACUUCAAAACUAACGUUAAUAAUAUAUACAAAUAAUUUUUAAUUAUAUGAUUAAUUUAUCAAAGCGGUGUCGGAAUUCUACUCUAAACAUCAUUAUAUGUACAAUAAGUAUCACUAUUCUUUAAAGUGAAUACCCUCUUUUUUUUCCUAUGUUAUUUUUCUUUUUGGUCUUUUAUAUAAUAAUUAAUAUCAAUAAAUGGUUUGCG